AUGAUUGUAAUGGCCAUAGAAGCGAGUAUGGACAUUGAGUCGGCGACCAACCGCACGAUAUCCGGUUUCGUGGUGAAAAACGCGCAGUUCAUUGCCCCGAUCAGAAUCAGCGAAAGUGCCUUGGACGCCAUCGAAACAGAGGUCCAUCUACGACAAAUCCAAACGGCGGAUGAGAAGAGGCCCUCGUGGUCUGAAGUGACCAUCUUCACCCACCACUCCGAUCACUGGACCGAGUGCUUCCGCACCCAUGUCCAGAUUCAAUAUGAAGAUUCGACAGCUAAGACGCCAGAUCGUGAGACGGAGCAGGAGAAUGAGCAUAUCCGCGACCACGUCCAGCAAAUGCAGGCAACCUGUAGAGAUGGUAUCCCAGCGCCUGCGUUUUACAAGUUCUGCAAGGAGCAUGGUCUCAACUACGGAGAAUCGUUCCAGCUACUUGAAGAGAUUGCCUGGGAUCGCGAGGUAUCUUCAACGGCAUGCAUCAGUAUGUCUAGGUUGCAACCACAAUCACACCGCAGCCCCGUUCAUCCCGCCGUCCUGGAUUCCAUCUUCCACAUGCUCCUGGCACAGACCUCCGGUGGCCUGCAGCGCUCUGACUCUCCCACCAUGGUGCCCAGGCAGCUUACCAAGGCGUGGAUCUCGGCUGCUCCGUGGCAACAGGCGACCUCGUCCGUCCAUCUUGCAUCCCAUGCUCAAAAAGAUGUGUCUACCAGUUCCUCUCCCGGCAUCAGGGGGGUCAUAUACUGCGUCUCUGAUGAGAAGACUCCCCUCUGCAUCAUCGAGAACCUAUCAAUGGUUGAGAUUUCAGGCUCGAUGCAGUCGCAGCACGACCAAACCCCUGAUCGAACGCUGCUCUACAACAUCGCGUGGAAGCCCAAGCUGAGCUUUUUGGGAGCGCGGGACCUCCAGAGUAUACUACAACACAGCUACAAACCUUUUGACGACACAGUCAUGGAGAUUUACUGCCCCAAGAUCACCCACGCUCUCAGAACAGCCGCCGGAAAGGUCCUCAAGAAGGUGUCAGAGUCCCAAAUCCGCCGCGGCCCCGAGCACCUGCGCAAAUUCAGAGACGCACUCAAGUACCAGCACAGCCUGCAAGUACAGGAGGGGAGAAGCAAAGACCUGAGCAACUCUGACCUGGAAUCCCUCCUGGUCGAAUGCGAGACGCAAAACCCAGAGUGGUUCUUCUUCCCGGCCGUCGCCAGAGCCCUCCCGGAGCUUCUGCGCGGGGAGACGGACUCUGUCGAGCUCAUGUUCGCGACGAGGUCGGGCGAGAAGUUUUACGAGAACGUGUUCGCGAGGCACAUGCGGGACGGGCGCCUGCAGGCCUUCCUGGACCUCGCAACGCACGAGAAUCCGGGCAUGAAGAUUCUCGAGGUCGGCGCGGGGACGGGAGGCUUCACCAGCCAGCUCAUGGCGGCUUUCACGGAGUUCGAGGCCAAGACGGGGUCGGCUGCGUUUGAUACGUACACCUUUACUGACAUCUCGGCGUCCUUCUUUGACGGCGCUCGUGGUCGAUUUUCCGACUAUCUGGACCGAAUGGACUUUAGAGUGCUCGAUCUGGAAAAGGAUCCGGAAGAAGCUGGUUUCUCAUCUGCAAGCCAUGAUGUUAUAUUUGCCGGCAGCGUGCUUCAUGCCACCUCGAACCUAACCAGAUCAUUGGCGACCCUGAGGAAGCUCCUCAAGCCAGGAGGGUACCUGGUCAUCCAGGAACCUACCGCGCCGGACAAUGCAUGGGUCAACAUUGGCUUUGGGUCAGUACCGGGCUGGUGGCUCGCUGAGGAAGAUUGGCGCCAGGGGAGUCCUCUCGUCGACAUCGAGGGCUGGGAUAGGCUGCUGCGCGAGACUGGGUUCUCCGGGGUCGAUGUGGCUCUGAAGGAUACUGAGAAUGAAGUUGUCCACUUCAGCAGCGUCCUUCUCUCCAGAGCUACUUCCGAGCCAAUCUCCCAGGAGCAAAACGGGCUCGUCAACGGCCAUGCCGACGACCAAAAAAUAACUAUUCUUCUCAACCAGGACUCCAAGGCUCAACAAGAGCUUGCAGUUGAGCUGGAGAAAUCUUUCACAGUGUCCAAAAUGAUAGAUUUUGCGUCGAUUAGUCAAGAAGAUCUAGCUCUGUCAUCUGAUGUUGUUGUCAGUCUGAUCGAGGUGGGUUCGCCCCGUCUCGUCGACCUGUCCGAGUCGGAGCUCCAAGCGAUCCAGGGUCUGAUCCAAGGCGUAUCAAACAUGCUCUGGAUUUCUGCACCCGUCACCGAAGAUGGCAAGGCCGUCCACGACCCAAGCUUCGCAGCGACAACAGGUCUGCUCCGCGGGCUCCGAAGCGAGUACAGGGACAAGCACAUCGUAUCGCUCUCGGUCGAGUCUCCUACCCCUCAGCCUCUCGCCUCCAUCAUCUCAGAUCUUCUCCGCGACUGCUUCAAAAAGGAAUCUCCUUCAUCGGAUAUUGAGUUUGUCGUUCGGGAUGGGCAAGUCAUCAUUGGGCGCCUAGCCCAAGAAAAGCAGUUCGACGAGGAGCGACUGGCUCGUGUCCAGCCCCAGCUCAGGGAUGAGGCCUGGAAGACUGGACCAGCGCUGAUGCUCACCACCGAAGUCCCGGGAAUGCUGGAGACGCUGCGUUGGGUAGAAGAUACGUCUCGCUGGGACGAUCUGGCUCCAGGCGACGUGGAGAUCGAGGCUACCGUCUGGCCUCUCAGCUUCCGUGACAUCUUCAUUGCUCUCGCGAAACUGGGCAACGAAGGUCUAGGAUUCGAAUGUGGCGGCAUCGUCAGCCGUGUCGGGGCAGAAUGUUCUGGAGAGUUCCAGCCUGGUGAUCGUGUUGUGAUGGGUGUCGUGGGAUCGAUUCGGAGCCAUCCUCGGGCGCCAAAGCAGGUUGUGCAUAAGAUUCCCGACGGCGUGAGUUUGGAAGAUGUCGUGGCUGCCAUGACUCCAGCCAUGACGGCGUGGAAAUCUCUGGUGGACAUUGCCCGAUUGCAGAGUGGCGAGAAGAUCCUGAUUCACUCGGCCGCCGGAGGUACUGGCCAGAUGGCCGUCGAAGUAGCCAAGUCGAUUGGCGCAGAGAUUUUCGCAACAGUCGGCACCGAAGAGAAACGAGAGUUGCUCAAGUCCAAGUUCGGCAUUCCGGACGACCACAUCUUCUACAGUCGCAAUACAUCCUUUGCCCAGGGAAUCCAGCGCGUGACAAAGGGAUACGGCGUCGACGUCGUCCUCAACUCUAUUGCCGGUGACGGUCUAACAGCCAGCUGGGAAUGCAUCGCGCCCUACGGUCGUUUCAUUGAGAUUGGAAAGGCUGACAUUCGAGCAAACUCGUCCCUAUCGAUGGGCCACUUUGCUAAAAAUGCGUCAUUUGCUGCCGUGGACUUGUACCACAUCACACUGACAAAUCAGAGGAUGACUUCUCAGCUUAUGGGCAAAGUGAUUGAGCUUAUUAGCGAAGGAACCAUUCGAGCUCCGCAACCUCUUCACGCCUACUCGCUGUCUGAUACUGAGAAUGCAUUUCGAUACAUGCAAAGUGGGAAGAACACGGGACGAAUCCUUCUUAUAAAAGGAGAUGGCGAUAUUGUUUCGAAACGGAUAGUGCACAAGAGCACUUGGGCAUUUGAUCCAGAUUCAUCCUACGUGGUUGCUGGAGGCCUCGGCGGUCUGGGGCGUUGUAUACUCCAGUGGAUGGCAGACAAAGGCGCCAAGCAUCUCAUCGUGCUCUCUCGAUCCGGUGCUUCCUCCAAGGCGGCCUCGGACGUCGUGGAGACGCUGAGAAGUCGUGGUGUUUCUAUAACAACGCCGCCUUGUGAUGUUUCGUCCCGUGAGAAACUACAGGCCGUGUUGGAAGAAUGCGCAGUUACCAUGCCUCCUAUCAAGGGCUGCAUCAACGCUGCAAUGGCUCUCCAGGAUGCCAUCUUUGAGAACAUGACGCAUGCGCAAUGGAAAACAACCAUCCAAUCCAAGGUCCUGUCAAGCUGGAACCUCCAUGAGCUCCUGCCCCGAGACAUGAACUUUUUCAUCCUGCUGUCUUCGUUGGCAGGCAUAUACGGAACCAUGGCUCAGAGCAACUACUGCUCGGGCUGCACGUACCAAGACGCCCUCGCCCGGAUGCGCCACAACCAAGGCCUCGGCGUCUCCGUCUCCCUCGAUCUUGGCUGGAUGGCAGACGUGGGGAUCAUCAGCGAGCGCGUCGAGUACCAGCGAAACCGCGAGGCCACGUCCGACAUGGCUCCCGUGCAGGGCGCCGACCUCCUGGCCGUCCUCGACCACUACUGCGACCCGGCGCUACCGACGUCCCAGAGUGUUCAAGUGGAAGAGCAGUGCCAGCUGCUUCUCGGUGCCUUGACGCCCCUCGACUUUGAUCUGAAGGCGGGCGAGGAGGCCCCGUCUUCGCUGCAGCGGCCUCUCUUCCAGGGCUUCAAGGUGAUGCAGGAGCGCGCCCAGAGAGUGUCGACGCUCACGGGCGGCGAGGCGGCGCAAAAGGAGGCGCUGACGCCGGCGAUGAAAUUCCACUCGGCCUCGUCGAACAAGGACCGGUGCGAGAUUGUCGUGGACGCGCUCAAGGGCAGGAUCGCGCGGUCACUGGGCGUUGAGCAGGAUGAUGUCGUGGCGGAAAAGACGCUGUCGGACUACGGCGUUGAUUCACUCAUGGCCGUGGAACUGCGCAACUGGAUCCGGAAUGACUUUGGCUCAGCCGUGACGGUCUUUGAUAUCAUGGGCGGUGCGAGCAUCACGGCGGUUGGCGAGUUGGUGGCAGCAAAGGCAGAUGCAGCCGAGGCCGAGGCCGCUUAA